UUUCAAUUACGUUUUUAAUCAAUGAACAAGUAGUUUAUAUUUCUCGUUCUGUUACAUAUUUGGCUGAUAAAAUAAUCUUGUUUCGAAAGAACUAAUAAUAAUAAAUAAAAUUUAAAAAUUAAAUUUUUCAUAUUUAUUCAAAUUUAAAUAAUAAAAUAAGAACACAGUGAAGAAACUUCGUAUAUCUCGAAGAAUAAUAUAAAUAUCGAUCGAGAUAUUUAAAAUCAAUUUCUUCGAAAUUAUCAAAUUUCGAUGAGAUGUAAAAAUAUAAAAGUGUAAUUUUAUUGUAUUAAAUUUUUACUUCGUGCAAAGAAAUCGGUCAACAAAUUCAGAAGAAGGAACAUGGACUCGUGUAUGGCGCCAGGGAUGACAUCGUCCCCCCAUCAAGCCUCCAUUUUCACUCUGUUGCUGCAAACCAUAAUGGCCUCCUAUUACGACUUAAACAAUCCACGCCAAUACCCCAUCGAUCGUACGGAAGAGAUUUUAAAUUCGAACAAGGAAUUCGAUUUCGUGAUAGUCGGGGGUGGAACGGCAGGAUCCGUUUUGGCGCACAGAUUGACGGAAGUGAAGGAUUGGGACGUGCUGUUGGUCGAAAGGGGAGAGGACCCUUUACCCGAAACCGAAGUACCCGCUCUUGCUUUCAGCGCCAUUAACACAUCCCAGGAUUAUCGUUACACGACCGAGUACCAAGAGGGUGCCUGUAUGAGUAUCAAGGACAAACGAUGCAAAUGGUCGAAGGGUAAGGCCCUGGGUGGAAGCUCGGUGAUCAACGCCAUGUUGCACGUGUUCGGGAACAAGAUGGACUACGACAGUUGGGCGAGCGAGGGGAACGAGGGAUGGAAUUACGAGCAAGUUCUCCCAUACUUUCGAAAAUCGUUGAGCUGUUCGCCGGACCACGUGGCCCGAUUCGGUGCCGAUUACUGCGGCACGGACGGACCGAUGAGGAUCAGGAAUUAUAAUUACACGGCAACGGAUAUACAGAACGUGAUACUGGAGGCGGCGCGCGAGUUGGGAUACGAGAUCCUGGAACCGUUGAACGGGGACCGUUUCGUGGGAUUCGGCAGGGCCAUGGGCACCCUCGACGACGGGCGGCGUCUGAACGCCGCCAAAGCUUUCCUCUCCCCCGUCAAGCACAGGAAGAAUCUGUACGUGAUGAAGUCGAGCCGAGUGGACAGGGUGCUGUUCGAGGAGGAUGGACGGGCGAGCGGAGUGAGAAUCACGUUGAAGAACGAUCGUAGGAUCGACGUGAGGGCGGCCAAGGAAGUGAUCCUGUCGGCGGGGAGCGUGGCCAGUCCCCAGAUACUGAUGCUCUCGGGGAUCGGGCCCAAGGAACACUUGGAGGAGAUGGGGAUACCGCCUGUCCACGAUCUACCCGUCGGGACUAAUCUUCAGGAUCACGCCAUAUGGCUGGGCACGUAUCUCUUGUUCGUCAACGAAUCCGUCACCUCACCCCCGCCCGUGGACGCGAUCUACGACUCGGCCUACCAAUACUUGAUCCACAAAACCGGCCUGUUGAGCGAUCUACCGAUCGAUCUCCUAGGCUUCGUCAACGUGACCGAUCCUUCGUCCAAGUAUCCGGACGUUCAAUUCAUCGUAGCGCCGGUUUAUCGUUUCGACAGGAACAUAUUAACCACCGUGAUGAACAGCUUCGAUAUGAUGGACGACCUGGUUACGGACAUGUCACGCGUGAUCACGAAGACGAGCCUGGUCAUAGUUUGCCCUAUACUGUUGAAACCGAGGAGCAGAGGAGCGGUGAGAUUGCGCAGCAUCGAUCCCGCCGAUCCCGUCAAGAUUUACGCGAAUUACUUCGCCGAGAAGGGCGAUCUGGAGACGUUGUUGAAAUCCGUGGACGUGGUCAAGGCGCUGUUGAACACCGAGACCCUGAAGAAGCACGGCAUGCGGUUGCACCACCUCGAUAUUCCCGGAUGUCGGCACACGGAGCCCGAUAGCGAGGAGUAUUGGGAAUGCAGCAUCAGGCACGUGUCCGCCUCCCUGUUCCACGCGUGUGGAACGGCCAGGAUGGGGCCGGCCGACGACUCGAGAACCGUCGUCGACUCGAGAUUGAAGGUGCACGGAGUCAAGGGUUUACGAGUGAUCGACGCGUCGAUCAUGCCGAGUAUCAUUAGCGGGAAUACCAAUGCACCGACCAUGAUGAUUGCCGAGAAGGGGGCGGAUAUGAUUAAGGAGGAUUGGUUGAAGAAUUUGCGAGCGGAGGAAGGUGACGAUACGCGGCAGACGUGCGUGUAAAAGAUCGUUUUCGGAUGUUUAAUGUAGUAAUCCUCUUCUCUAUCUUUGUCCGUGAGAGAUGGGCAAAAUUGUAACGAAGCUGAGAAUAAAAUUACUUCAAUAAUUUGUUCAUGUGGAUAAGUAUAAAAAAGAGGAUCGAUAUAUUUUAAAUAAUAAAAUUAUUAAAAUAAUUUUCGAAAUUUCUUUUUCAACAAAAUAAUAUUCAACUCUGCGCAUGUAACAUAUACGAUAAUGUAGACAAGCGAAGAAAGAUGGAAAUACGCAGCAGUAUGCGUAUAAAAGAUCGUUUUCGGAUGUAUAGUAUAGUGGCAGGCUUGAACGUACUUGUAUAUUCUUUCUAUUGUGCUUUGCCUGCGAGAGAUGGACAAAAUUAUAACGUUCGAAAUUGAGAAUAAAAUUACUUCAAUAAUUUGUUCAUGUGGAUAAGUAUAAAAGAGAGGAUCGAUUCGAAUAUAUUUUAAAUAAUAAAAUUAUUAAAGUUUCGAAAUUUCAA